AUGCACAAGUAUACUGCUCUAGCAUUGACUCAACAUAUCUCAAUUCUCAAGCAUUCAUCCGUAAAGUCCUUAAUAAAUCAAUCUCAUCGUCUCUUUUCUUCUUAAAUGGAAAAAUUAAUUGUUCAAGACGAGAACGAGAUGACAGAAACUUAAGCCUAACCAAGCGUAAUUAGCUAUAUUAGCACUUAGAACAAUCCUAAUACCAAAAAGGUUCUCUUAUUCAUUCAGGGCCAUCAAAAUCUUUAGUAACUAUAUCACAGAAUACCAAAUGAUGGAUUUUUUCCAAAGAUAAAGUCUAAUGAAGAUUAUGAGCAAGCUGAUAUUAAAAAACUAAUAGCAUUGGAAUAAUACCAAGUGUUAGAAUAAAUAAUUAGCAGUAUAAGACCAAAUAGUCAUCAAAGCCAACCAGAGUUUAUUUAAUUUCUAGCCUCUUCACUGACUGAUAAAUCAUUUGAAAUUUGCUUCAUUCUCUAUAAAAAAAUGAAAGAAUUAGACAUAGAAAUAAGUGAAUUAGUGAUGAAUUUUUUACUUUUCAACUCUGCUCAUUUUGCCUAGUACAAGCAUUUAUGCCAGCUUCUAAUUGAAUCAACUUUCCUCGAUGUUCAUAUCGAGUUAAAUACCUACAUUAAGAUUCUCACUACAUUAUACCUUGAUUGUGAUAUUAAGUUUGACAGAAGUGAAUUGAUGUAGUUUGUGACCUAACUUUUUGAAUAGGACCAUCCUGAUGAGAAUUUCAGUUUAGGAACAGAUUUAUUAAAAGAAUACCUAGCCCAUAAUGUGGAUGACUUUAAACUAUACAGGGAUCAGAUUAAAAAUAAUAAGAAAAAUGCUUUUAUUAACAAGGAAUAAAAUUUAGAUUAAGUUUAAAAUUAGUAUGAUUACGAGCCACCAUAAAAUUCUGUUUUCUCAAGUAAAUAUGCUUAAAAGCUGCCAGAAGAUCAAUUAAAGACAACUUCAAGAGAUAAAAUUUAAUAUCAAGAAGGUGAGAUGCCUCUUGAUUAAAUUAAUGAUUUCUAUCAGAGGAGAACCGAUCUUUAUAAAAGCUAAAUAAAUAGACCUUAAUAAUAAUUGAAAAAGUUCAAUCAAAAGAAUCGAAAAACUAACUAUCCCAACUAUUCAUUUAAGCAUCUUAACAAAUAUUAAAAUCAAUAAAACUCAGGACUUUUUGUGAAUGACGGGGAAGCCCAGCUCAUUAUCGAUAUAGGCCAUCUAAAAGAAAUUGAUUAGAGACCAGAUAACAUUAAAAAAUUAGCAACCUAAUUAGCUGAGAGAAUCGAAAUAAUGCUUAAUCAAGAAAUAGAUAAACUUAGCACUUCAGAAAAGAGGUAAUAGGAACUAGAAGUAAGUGGACAUUCGAUUGAUUAAAAUGGAGGAAGAAUUCUCAAUUAAUUCAAAAUUGAUUUGACUCCAUACACAAAAUCAGAAAAGAAGGAGGCUUUGAAAUCCUAGCUAGAUUAAGCAUAGAUUAGAGAUGAAAAAUUUACUAUGGAAACAUUUCUUAAUACCGUGAAAGAGAUAUCAUCAGGCUUUAAAAAUGACUUCUUCAAAAAAGGAGCAAGAGAUCAAAGAACUAAUCUUAACCAUGAAAAGUAAUACAUGACAACACAAGAAGAAGGGACUAGUGACUCCCCAUCAUUGAUGCAACGAGGCUACUAAAAAUUAGAAAGGGUUGGUGGGAGCAAUUAAAGCAGUACUGAAGGGGAAGAGGAUCAAGAGAGAAAAUAAAUGUUAAGAGAUGAAUUUAAAGAGAAUGGAUCUAUUAAUAGCACUAAUGCUGAUAAAAAUGAUACGGAGCAGUAACAGUAGGAUAAUAAAGUUGCUAAUCAAUAAAAUAACAUAGAUGACAAAGGGAGCAAUAUUACAUCUAAUUGA